GGCCAACGUCACCAGUUGCUGCAGCCCUGCGCCCAGCGGAUUGCGCGGAUCGAGCAGACGUUGUUUAUUCGAUUAGUGACAGCUUCAUCCUCUUUGUGACUGCCAUGCCUUGGCCAAGCCCUCAUCGUUGCCUUCUUCUCUCCAUUUAGCGUCAUACCGUCCUCCUUCAAUCCUUGAACUACCCAUUGCCUCAACACUCCCCCUCACCCCUCACUCCACUCAACCUUCCACCCUCCUUCACCCUCCUUUAUCCAUUGCCUCCGCAAACAUGUACACCCGCCCCGAAGACGACCCGGAGCCUCCGCACCCCUCACGCCCCCGCCGCAUGACCAUCUACCAAACCCGCCAGGGCCGCCCGCGAUGGAUCCUCCACAUGCAAGCCGUCUUCUGGCGCGUGCUUAUGCGCCUGGGCAUGUUCUUCCACAAAUUCGCCUCACCGCGCCCGCCGAAACCCAACUUCUACCGCGAGAUCCCCAGCACCAUUAGCGGCAAGCCCGGCAAGAUCGUCCUUUAUUUUUACACGCCGCGAGACUACUUUGCUCAGCGGCGGUUGUGGAUUGAUAAGGCUAGCGAGGACCUCGAGCCGGUGGAAAGUGGGACGAGUGAUGGGAGCGAGGAUCCGUUGGCCAGGCGGAAGAGUCGGAGGCUCAGUGUGGUGUUGGACGAUAUGGGAUCGUCGAUACGCAGGAUGAGUACGACGAUGAAACGCUGGGGCGGGUAUCCUGUUGUCGUCAACUUCCAUGGCGGCGGGUUCACUCUCGGAUCGGCAGAUGACGACGCCCGAUGGUGUACCACGGUGGUAAACGAGUGUCACGCCGUGGUGGUGAGCGUCGACUACCGCCUCGCCCCCGAACACCCCUUUCCCACAGCCGUGGAAGACGGAGUGGACGCGGUAGCCUACCUGCACAAGCAUGCACAAGAGCUCGGCAUCGAUAAGGACAAGAUUGCCCUUUCCGGCUUCUCGUCCGGCGCCAACAUGUGCUUCACCGUGCCCCUACGCCUCCAUGAUGAGCAGAACAACUUUCCCCGCGACGAAGUCCCAGACGUCUCGCCGACCGCCCGCCAAAAGACAGAGCGCGCCAUCCAAGGCGCAGCACCCACCCUCGACGGCUACAUGGCAUCAGGAUCCAACUCCACCACAAGACUAGUCGACGCCGACGCCCCACCCCCACAAUCAACAACCCAAGACCACGCCCUCACCGCCACCAGCCAAACCAAACUCCACCUCACGCCAACCGUCACCGCCACCCCAGGCCUCUCGGACGUCAAAAUCCGCAUGAUAGUCCCCUGGUACCCGCCAGUAGACUACACGCGCUCGCGCGCCCAGCGCCGCGCAACCUCCGCCCGCGCCGAUCAAGAACUUCCCGCGCUCUUCACCGACCUCUUCGACGACAGCUAUCUACACCCCCCCAACACCAUCGCACUGCAAUCCCCCUACCUGAGCCCAGGCGUGGCGCCCACCGGCCUGCUAGCCAACGCCCUCCCGCACGAAAUCAUCAUGCACACCUGCGAGUGGGACAUGCUGCUCGACGAAGGCAGGGCAUUCGCCGAGCGCCUCACGCAGCCGGAGAUCGACAAGCACGUGGUGUACAAGAUGAUUGAGGAGGUGCCGCACGGCUGGGACAAGGCGCCGAAUCCGUGGAAGCCGACGCCGGGCGUGCGCGAGCAUUAUUUGCGCGCUUGCAAGGAGAUGAGGAGGGUGUUUUGGUCGGAUAAGGGACGUGGGGCUGGAGCUGGGCCUGGGCAGAGGCCGCCGAUUGAGAGGGAGACGACCAAGGGCUGGCCGACGGCUGCUCCCAGGGGAAGUGUGCAGGUUGUUAGAUGAAGGGCGGCAUUGGUUUGGGGAAGUGAUGGUUGUUUGCCAGUUUCUGGAGCGUUUGAGCGUUGGCACAAGACAAGAGGUCGAGCAAAGAAGAUACAUCGCUAGCAUCGCGAACUACAGCAGAAGCAGGACGAGUGGCUUAUCAGAAUG